ACGCCUGUACCCUCACCACAUCGAAAGCUCCAUCGGUCAGCUCUGCAUAGCCGAAUUGCAUACGUCCGUUUAAUCCCUCGGAUGUGCCAGGGUAGCCGCCUUUGUUCACGCCCGACCAACACUCGAAGUUGUUCGCCACAAGGCAGCCGACAAUGAAUGUUCUCAAGCUUCAGAGGAAGUAUCCUCAGUUCCCACAGAACGAGAUAUUCAGCCUCACGGAUGCCUUCCACAAACUCGACGUCGAAGACAAGGGCUAUAUUAACGAAGCUACCGCCAUAAAGGCUACACAAGCGAGCGAGCGGCAACCCUAUGAUGUCGUACGGCAGGCACUGAAAGAGGUCGAACUCGACUCUUCUCGUCGCGUUGAGUUAGAGGAUUAUGUUGCUCUCAUUGCGAGGCUUCGUGACUCGUCACCCGUCCAGAAACGAUUCUCGUCCAGUGUAGGAGCCGGCGGCCCAAGUGUUGUCGCGCAAGCCACUGGAGGCCGUGCUCGUGCAACAUCGAGCGCUGGCAAGAUUCAUGUUCAGGGCUCAAACGCCAACGUCACUCAUACCAUUAAUGAAGACGAGAGGACCGAAUUUACCCGUCACAUUAAUGCUGUUUUGGCAGGCGAUGCCGAUAUAGGCAACCGUCUUCCAUUUCCUACAGAUACCUUUGAAAUGUUUGACGAGUGCAAGGAUGGGCUUGUUCUAGCCAAGCUCAUCAACGAUAGUGUGCCCGACACCAUCGACGAGCGUGUCCUGAACAUUCCGGGUAGGAAAUACAAGAGCCUUAAUGCUUUCCAUAUGACCGAGAACAACAACAUCGUCAUCGAGUCCGCCAAAGGUAUUGGGUGCUCUGUCGUCAAUAUUGGUAGUGGCGAUAUCAUCGAGGGGAGGGAGCAUUUGAUUCUUGGAUUGAUUUGGCAGAUCAUUCGCAGGGGUCUGUUAGGGAAAAUCGAUAUAAAGCUUCAUCCCGAGUUGUAUCGUUUGCUGGAGGAUGACGAGACUCUCGAACAAUUCCUACGGCUGCCGCCAGAGCAAAUUCUCUUAAGAUGGUUCAACUACCACUUGGCUGCCGCAAAUUGGCCGCGAAGAGUCACCAACUUCUCGGCCGACAUCAAGGAUGGCGAGAACUAUACCGUUCUUCUGGCUCAGAUUGGCUCGGAAUACGGGAAUACCAGGGCUCCUUUGCAGACACAAGGCCUCCUACAACGGGCCGAGGAGGUGCUCGUCAACGCGGACAAGAUGGGAUGCCGCAAAUUUCUGACGCCCACUUCUUUGGUGGCUGGGAACCCUAAGCUCAAUCUAGCAUUCGUUGCGAACCUGUUCAACACCCAUCCCUGUCUCGACCCCAUUACGGAAGAAGAGAAGCUUGAGGUCGAAGAUUUCGAUGCGGAAGGGGAGCGCGAGGCUCGCGUUUUUACACUCUGGCUAAACAGCCUGGAUGUGCAGCCUCCCGUCCAGUCGUUCUUCGAUGAUCUCCGUGACGGAACCGUUCUUCUACAGGCCUAUGAUAAAGUGAUCAAGGGAUCUGUCAACUGGCGUCACGUCAACAAGCCACCCGCCCAUGGGGGGGAGAUGCUCAGAUUCAAGGCCGUCGAGAACACCAAUUACGUCAUUGAGUUGGGCAAACAGAAUGGAUUUUCACUAGUAGGCAUCCAGGGAGCCGACAUCACUGACGGCCAGCGGACAUUGACCUUAGGCUUGGUCUGGCAACUUAUGCGCAAGGACAUCACCGUGACUCUAUCAUCACUCGCGCAGCGUCUUGGAAAGAGAGAAAUCACAGAUGCUGAGAUGGUGCGUUGGGCUAAUGAGACUUCCCGGAAGGGUGGCAAGAAUUCAACCAUUAGGUCCUUCAAGGACCCAGCAAUUGGUUCCGGGGUCUUCCUUCUGGAUGUCUUGAACGGCAUUAAGAGCAGCUAUGUCGACUAUGACCUGGUGACGCCGGGAAGAACAGAUGGCGAAGCUUACCUCAACGCAAAGUUGAGCAUUAGCAUUGCGCGAAAGAUGGGUGCUACGAUCUGGCUUGUUCCAGAGGACAUAUGCCAGGUCAGGAGCCGGCUCGUGACUACGUUCAUUGGGUCUCUCAUGGCAACUGCGGAGAGAAUAAACUGACAGAGAUUUGGUGACAGCCGCCCCAGAAGGAGGAAAAAGGAGGGGGGGGGGUUGUUGCUCCUUAAGUGGCAGUAGUUAACAUGUGUUGCACGUUCAAAUGCACUCUUUGUGACUCUUAUAACUUGGGGGAAAUCUUCGCGUGUGUGUAUUAUUUACAAGUAUGCGAGACCGUUUGUCCUGUUAUCAGAUGCCCUCAGCCACCCUACCGAGGUGUGAUAAACCAUAUUAUAUUAGACGUGUGGAGUAUCAGAUACAGGGUAACCGUAAAUAAUAACGUAGAAUAGUAAGAUGGCA